CAAAAUAAAUUGAAAUUGCACUUGAAAAUUUCGACACAAAGGGAAUAAGACGAUUGCAAAAGUUGGAAAUAUAAUUGAAGCGUAGUAAAAAUAUUAUAUUCCGCGAUAUAUUGUAAAGCAAACAGUCAAAAAAAUAGAGUACAGCAAAAGGAACAAAUUGAAAGAGUGCAAAAGAACACGAAAUUGUUAACAAAGAAUAUAAUUUUGCUGUUUCAUUGCAUGUUUUCUUUAUUACCUAAUAUGGAAACCAAAUUCUAUAUUCCCAGACAGCUCUAAACAAAACCUCUAUAGAGCAUAUUAACACUAUAGUGUGUGAGAAACUCAAGUAGCACUAAAAAAACUUGAAAAUAUUUUGUCUGGUUGUGUGUGCAUAAAAAUUAAAACCAACUAGUACUACGUCAUAAAAAUAAAACAAAAAACAUUUCUAACAUAUACUAAAUAUGGGCCGCGUUUUCCUCGAGCAUAUUGGCGGCUCAAAACUGUUCAAUUGUGCAAGUUGCCAAACUAAUCUUACCAAUCGCAGUCAAUUGAUUAGCACGCGGUUUACUGGUGCAACGGGUCGUGCUUAUCUUUUCAAACGAGUAGUUAACCUGACCUUUAGCAGUGUGCAAGAGAGGGUUAUGCUUACAGGUAGGCAUAUGGUAAGAGAUGUAAUGUGCAAAAGUUGUGAUGCCAAAUUGGGUUGGAUGUAUGAAUACGCCACCGAAGAUGCACAAAAGUAAGCCAAAACCAAAAAAUUAAUUUAAUGAUAAUA